AUGGUGUCUUUUGAUUAUCCGGCAAAGCUCCCAGACUCCUACGUUGGAUUUUGGGGGCCUGUCACGGCCACAAUCGAUUGGUGUGAGGAAAACUACAUCUUCACCCCAUAUAUUGCCGAAGUGGUAAAUAGCUUCACCAAUUUCAUAUUUGUGGCCCUGGCAAUGGGCCAUCUGUGGAGUACAUACAAGAACAAUUUCGGCAGUCUGUACGUCUUCAUCUCCAUUGGCUUCGCAUCAGUUGGACUCGGAUCGUUCCUGUUUCACAUGACCCUGCGCUAUGAGUACCAGCUAAUGGAUGAGCUGCCCAUGGUGUAUGUCACGGCACUCCCGUUCGGCUACAUUUUCAGCUGGAACCAGCCUCGCCUGGUACAGUAUGCCUGGAUAGUCGGCACUUUUACCGCCACCGCGCUGUUCACUUACAUUUAUAUAUACGUGCAGAGAAACCCGGCCUUUCAUCAGGUGUUCUACGCUAUUCUCAAUUUUGGCGUGAUCUACAAAACAAUCAGGACUAUCCAAUGGAAGGUCACAGAUUCUAAAGCACGAAAGACGAUGUACAAGAUACUUGUGCUGGCCGUGUCCUUGUUCAUCUUUGGCUUCUUCAUCUGGAACCUGGACUUCUUGCUGUGUCCUAAUUUAAUAGACUGGCGUCGUAACAUCCUCGGCUUUCCAUUGGGUGUUGUGACCGAGGGACACGGAUGGUGGCACAUUUUCACUGGUCUGGGGGUUUACUACUUCAUCAUUUACAACCAGCUGUUACACACAUGGAUGACAGAUCAGCAGGACAAGUACAAGCUUGUCUGGCAUGGAAUAUUUGCCGAGGUGCAACUCCAAAAGCCAAAAAUUGAGUGA